AUUAAUCAAUGCUAUACAGAGUACAGACUGUGCUAAAAUCAUUCAUCUUAAACUAUGUAUUAUAAAUUUAUAAACAAUUAUUAUAAUAAUAAAUUUUAAUCUGAAUCAUUAACGAUUUUAAAAGUUUAAAUUCAAUUUAAGAAAAAUAAUCGUAAAGCACAAUCGAUUUUUAGCGAUUUUCAGUGCUAUUGAGCGUGUUGACGGUUACCUGUCGAUAAUCGAUAGAAUAGUCGACCGGUGGAAAAUAAGAAUAAUUUAACAUUAAAAAAUUUAAAAGUAAUAAGUAGCAACAAAUAUUAUUCUACUGUUCGACACUGUUUUUAAAAAUCAAAAAUAUUUGACUUACGUACUUCAAUAUUUCCUCGUAAGAAUUUAUUCCGUUACGUUAGGUAUUUAGGUACGAGUGUUUACAGACUUCGCGAUUGUCCGUCACAGUUUGUCAAGGGCAAAUGAUAAGAAAAAUUAAUCGAUUUUAAACUUUCAUAGUUUUAUUACGUUUACUUGCCGAGUACCGAGACCGAGAGCAUUUAAGCGGUUUUCAAUUUUCUUAAUUUUUUGUCUCUUCACUCACCUUUUAAUACCUCGAGUACCUAUCUCGUUUUCUAACAUUCAAUCUUUUACAAUUUUGAUUGAUAAUUGGAUCUUUGUUUAUACAACUAACAAUGGCACUUAACAAAUUAAGCAUCAAGAGUUUAGAAGUGGCGAACAAACGGGUUUUGAUCAGAGUUGAUUUUAAUGUUCCAUUAAAGGAUGGAAAGAUAACGAACAAUCAACGUAUUGUUGCUGCAUUAGAUAGCAUCAAUUAUGUUCUUGAAAAUGGUGCCAAAUCUUUAGUUCUCAUGUCCCAUCUUGGACGUCCAGAUGGAUUACCAAACUUAAAGUACUCUUUGAAGCCAGUUGCUGAAGAGCUCCAGAAACUCCUUAAUAAGAAUGUUACAUUUUUGUCUGACUGUGUUGGUCCAGAAGUAGAAAAAGCUUGUGCAGAUCCUGCUCCUGGUUCAAUAUUUCUUCUAGAGAACCUUCGAUUCCAUAUUGAAGAAGAAGGAAAAGGUGUCAAUGCUGCUGGAGAAAAAACUAAGGCUGACAAAGAAGAUGUGAAAAAAUUUAGAGAAUCAUUACAGAAAUUGGGAGAUGUAUAUGUUAAUGAUGCAUUUGGUACUGCACACAGAGCCCACAGUUCUAUGAUGGGUGAAGGUUUUGAAAAGCGUGCUGCUGGCAUCUUGUUGAAUAAAGAGCUCACUUAUUUUGCUAAAGCUUUGGAUAAUCCCGAAAGGCCUUUCUUAGCUAUCUUGGGAGGAGCUAAAGUUGCUGAUAAGAUUCAACUUAUUGAAAAUCUUUUAGAUAAAGUUGAUGAAAUGAUUAUUGGAGGAGGUAUGGCUUAUACUUUCUUAAAAGAGUCAAAGGGCAUGAAAAUUGGUGAUUCUUUAUAUGAUGAAGCUGGAGCCAAAAUUGUCGGAAAAUUAUUAGAUAAAGCUAAUGCUCGCAAUGUUAAAAUUCAUUUGCCAGUUGAUUUUGUCACUGCUGAUAAAUUUGAUGAAAAUGCGAAUACUAGUUCUGCAACUGUUGAAGAAGGAGUUCCUGAAGGUUGGAUGGGUUUGGACUGUGGACCAGAAUCUAGGAAGUUGUUUUCUGAACCUAUUGCUCGUGCUAAGGUCAUUGUAUGGAACGGGCCUGCUGGAGUUUUUGAGUUUGAUAAAUUUGCAAAUGGUACUAAAGCUUUAAUGGAUGAUGUUGUUAAGGCAACUAAAAAUGGAACUGUCACUAUAAUUGGAGGUGGUGAUACUGCAACUUGUGCAGCUAAAUGGGGGACUGAAAGUCAAAUAAGUCAUGUGAGCACUGGUGGUGGUGCAAGUCUUGAACUACUUGAAGGAAAAGUCUUACCAGGAGUUGCAGCUUUGACUGACGCAUAAUUGUUUAAAAUAUACCUGGCUUGUUUAAUAUUUACAAUACAAUAUGUGGUUUAUUUA